AGAGCAAAAAGACAGGCGAAUGAGACUCUGAGAGAACCAUCACACACAAGAAUUGCGUGAGAGCACAGUCAUGUGAUGCUCUUGGCACAUAACGCACGGACCGUAUAUCCAGUUUUGCGCACAGAAAACUUCACGGAACAAAAACCAAAAGACAAAAACAUACAACAGCGGGGAUUCGCUAGUUGUCUCCAACCCAGCUACUAAUCCGCCGGUACACUGCUUGAGUACAGCUGAGCGAACGGGAAGCUCUGUUUUCAGCGUCCUAUGGUCGUAUGUGAAAGGCUUGAUCAGAAUGCAUGAUAAUAAUCCGAGCAACAAAAAGAUCUCGGACUCCGCAACUCCAUGAAUCGACUGCAGUCUUUUGCAUCUUUCUCGUCACGCACCUCGCUUCAUCGUCCCUUUCAACGCCUACUAUCGUCCAUUACAUCCUUCGCUAUGGUCUUAGUCUUAGUCUUACUCCUCGAUCGCUACGUGAUGGAUCCACUCAUUCACCGUCUGAACGGAUAGGCUCGUUGACCGUUGAAAUUUUGGAGUGCAAUAUAACUGUAGCGUACAUUCUUUGUCACAUAGAGGAACAUGGAGAGACUCAAGUGAGAAAGGGUAAAUAUAUAGCUUCACGUUCGUUAUCUGAUCUUGCCUUUGCCAUGAAGUCGUGAAAGUAGG